AUGUGUGGAUGGGACCAAACGGCGACCUCUCAAAGCGCUGCCAUGUUGACCAGUGAGGGGGCGCACGCCGCGGAGCAGGACAAGAUGGCCGCCGAGGCGAGCUUGGGCUUCGGCUGCACGAGCGAGGGCAGCGACGCCGAGCUGGACGUGGAGGAGGUGGAGGAAGAAGAAGAGGAGGAGGAGGAGCAGCAGCUGUCCAAGAUGGCCGACAUGACGCGCUGGAGCGAAGCCGAGUUCGAGGAGAGGUGCACCUACGUCGUCAAGGAUACGGCGGUGGGGGCGGAGCCGGCGACGCGGAGCCGAGCGGAAGCCACGCUGCCCCGAAACCUGGUGUUCAAGUACAGAGGCGACAGUAACGAGGUGGUUGGCGUCUGCAGCCGAGAGUACAUCCCCAAAGGCACUCGCUUCGGGCCGCUGGUCGGAGAGGUCUACACCGCGGACACGGUGCCCAAAGAUGCCAACCGCAAAUACUUUUGGAGGAUCUACGAGGACGGCGAGCUGCACCACUUCGUCGACGGCCUGGACGAGGCGCGCUCCAACUGGAUGCGCUUCGUGAACCCGGCGCACUGCGAGCCCGACCAGAACAUGGCGGCGUGUCAGAACGGCAUGGACGUGUACUUCUACACCACGCGUGCUGUGGCGGCGGGGGCGGAGCUUCUGGUGUGGUACUGCAGGGACUACGCGGCGCGGCUUCACUACCCGGCGUCCGGAGAGGCCAUGAUGCACAAGCUCAAGCAGUCUCUCCUGGAGGCAAAGCAGCAGCAGCACGCGGUGGAGGAGCGCUUGUCUCCGCCCGCCCGCCUCACCCACCCGUCCCCCGCACGGCCCUCCCCAACGCGCCCCCGACGCGAGCACAGCGUGUCCUCCAUCCUCCGCGGCUCCAGCACUAGCGCGCCCUCCUGCUUACCCGCCCGCCCGCUCCCCACGCGCCCUGUCUACCCCCAUGCGCCCUACUACAAACCCGCGCAGCUGCCGUCGCGCUCACCCAGCCCCGACAGCGACUCGGCGCACUUCUACCAGCCGUUCGCUGCGUACUCCCCGCCAUCCGCUCACUUCUACAACGCGCAGUACCCACGCUACGUCUACCCUCCUGCGCUCGGAGGCGUGCCCGCGAUUGGAGGGCUGUUCCCCAGGAUGUACCCUCUCUACGGCGGGAUGCUGCCCCCCAUGCUGCCGUCGGAAGCUAGCGCGCGACGAUUCUUCCUCCCAGAACUCAACGCACACAGAGACUUUUUGCUUCCGGGCCCGACCAGCGCUUUCCACGCAGCUACGUCGCUCAAAGACAAAGCAAGUUCGCAUUCGCACCUGCAGCAGUAUCACGUGGGUUCUUCUGGCGGGUCUCCGACGGCCGGGACGUCUCCACCCAGCGAGCGCGUGGCGACCAAGCCCACGUCGGCGGCCAUGUUGGCGAGCCCCGGCAGCAGCAGUAGUGGGAGGAGUAGCAUCGGAAGCAUGGACUGUGAUGAAGCCAUGAACCUGAGCAAAGUGAAGCGCAGUGCGGGCUCGGCGGGCUACAAGGCGCUGCCGUAUCCUCUGAAGAAGCAGAACGGGAAGAUCAAGUACGAGUGCAACGUGUGCAGCAAGACCUUCGGCCAGCUCUCCAACCUGAAGGUCCAUCUGCGUGUGCACAGCGGGGAAAGGCCGUUCAAAUGUCAGACCUGUAACAAAGGCUUCACGCAGCUCGCACAUCUGCAGAAACACUUCCUGGUUCACACGGGGGAGAAGCCGCACGAAUGCCAGGUGUGUCACAAGCGCUUCAGCAGCACCAGUAACCUGAAGACGCACCUGCGGCUGCACUCGGGCGAGAAGCCGUACCACUGCAAGCUGUGUCCCGCCAAGUUCACGCAGUUCGUGCACCUCAAGCUCCACAAGCGCCUGCACUCCCGCGACCGGCCGCACACCUGCCCGCACUGUCCGCGCCGCUACAUCCACCUGUGCAGCCUGCGCCUGCACCUGCGCGGCAGCUGCGGCGGCAACGGCCCAGAGACGGAGCAGCUGCGACGCGCCAACGAGGAGAUCGAGCGCUUCGACCUGAGCGAGCACGCGGAGCGGCUGGAGGGCAUGAGCGCGGGCGCUGACACCGAGGCCGCGCUGGAGAGACAGGUGCUCGGCGCCGCACUGUACCGUGGGUAUGCGGCCUACGAGCAGAACACAGUGAUCAGAGGACCCACGAUCGUGGUCAAGCAGGAGGAGGAGGUGUGA